AACACCCCAAAUUCCAAUACUUUUCGGUAAAAGGAGAUUACAAGAACAGUUACGCCUUUUCUGGUGCCGGUAUUCCUUGUCCACCUGCAUAUACGUAUGCUGCUUCAUCCGUAGCAAAGCCCGUCCCUAGACCAUUUCUAGAAUCACCUUUGCAUUCAUUAGUGGCAUGUCGGAACCCGUAUUUCACAGGUCCAAAUGCUAAUAUACCGGGUGUGACAGUGGCUGGAAUAGGCUUCAACUCUGUUGGAAUGAAUGGAUUAGCCGGCAUUUCUCCAACAUCGGGGGUGACGUUCCCCCUCCCGGCGACAUUUCCCUGGGCUGCGGCCGCAAGAGGAAAGCCCCGUCGGGGAAUGAUGAGGAGGGCUGUAUUCAGCGACGCUCAAAGACAAGGCUUAGAAAAAAGAUUUCAAAUACAAAAAUAUAUUAGCAAGCCGGAUAGGAAAAAACUGGCAGAAAAAUUAGGACUUAAAGAUUCACAGGUAAAAAUUUGGUUUCAAAAUAGAAGGAUGAAGUGGAGGAACUCCAAAGAACGCGAGUUGCUAUCCAGUGGUGGAUCAAGAGAACAGACUCUCCCCACCAAACACAAUCCAAACCCUGACCUUAGUGACGUCGGUUCUUACGUAUCCAAAAGUUCGGACUGCAUGCGAGACGAAGAUGCUUUUAAAGACUUAAAGGUCACCCCAUGCCAUACACCGGACAGUCCUGGAGACGAUGAUAGUGGACAUCCUCAUAUUUCCCACUGCGUUGACCGCAGUUCUGAUGAAAUGGACAUUAAAGUGUUGUAAAUAAGUACCGAGUUUGCGGGCCAACUUGUAAGAAUGUACCUGAUCAUUGUACGAGUGUACCUGAUCCGGUUGUAAUUAUAGAGGAAAGACUUAAGAGUCUGCAGUCAACUUCACCUGUGAAAAAUAUUCGAAAAGCCAAUGAAAAGCAAAAAGCAUUUUUACCAUGAAAAAAAAUUUUCAUUUAAAAUUCAUAUCAUAUCAAUGAUGUCAUCAAGAUAUUAGCACAAUUGGAGAUCAAGGGGAAAGAAUGGCUUGUGUCUAUGAAAGCUGAUUCUGAGAAGAAACAAACACAAGCUCGCUGACAGAACAUCCAUAGAACGGUCCAUCUUCACUGUGUGAUCUUGCUCAUUUUUCACGUUAUUUAUUUGUCAAAACUUAUUAAACCUCAAAAUGCAACAAAUGAUGAACCGAUCACCAUUUUUGUGUAAAAUUGACAUGAACAGUUCUUCCUCCUUGGUCCUCAACUUUUAUCUCAAAAUCUCUCAACGUACGGUACAAAUUUCAAUCCUAUUCAAUUUAUUUGCUGGAGUCUAGUCGAAAAACUAUAAUGUUCACAAAAAAAAAACAGUUUUUUAAGAAAUCAAGUUACUGCAUACAAGAUUUGUGAAUAACAUUCCUGAAGAGCGCUUUGUGAAUUAAAUUUUUGCAUAGAUGUGUAUAUCUUGUACGAACUCUGAAAAAUUAUUGGAGACCUAAAGAACUGUAUUGAGCAAUCGGGCUGUGAUUGCUAUUUUUAAAAAUAAUCCAAACUGAUUUCAGUAGCGUAUUCAGAAAAAGGAACAGGUGAUUUACCUACAGCCAUACCCUCCAUUAUUUUGGAUUUUUUCGAAUGAACUAUUCCAGUGGUAGCAAACUAAAUUAGCAAAAAAUAUCUAUAUAAUUGUUUUACAUUUUUACUGCAACUUAUGACAUGAUCUUUUGUCUAUUUGACCUUGCUUAUAUUUGUUUAAAUUAUUUGUAUGUAGUGUUAGACAAAAUUCAUUUAAAUCAAAAAAUAUUAAUGCAUUAUAUUUGCUAAAACUAGGAAAAAUAUUUUUUGAAACUACGGGAAUUCCGUAAAAUCUAGAAGGCUACCCGAAAUUGAAAUAAUUAAAAAUAUUUAUUGCUUUCUUACUUUCUUGUUGUAAAAUAUAUAAAAAACAUGCAAUGUAAUUUUGAAUUUGUUUGGGUAUGAACUGCAGCUCAACCACCUGGUCCAUUUACUGAAAACACUCCUGGAUGAUUUUGUACAAUUUAAACAUGAUCAAAGAUGAACUAUAGUAAAUCUUUGCGACGUGAUAUUAUUCUCGGUGUUUAUCAUUGUUAUUAUUUAUUUAUUUAGUGCUUUUAGAAACUCAAACACUUUUUAACUUUUUAAAUGAAAAGAAAUUCUGUAUGGUACAAUUCUGUAUGGUAUAAUAUACCGUAUGGCAUAAUUAUAGCAUUUCUGAUUAAAAAAAAUUUAAAAAACAAUUAUAAUUCUGGUUAAUAAAAUGGUAACCAAAAUACAUUGUAUUUAAACCCUUCAUUUGAUAGUUUUUCCAUUUAUAUGGUAACUGUUUCCUCGAAAUCCCGGUGUUCAAACUUUUAGUUCUUAUUACCACGGUUAGUAAAAGAUCCAAAAUUGAGAAGUAAAUUUAAACGAAUAAAUGGUUUUAAGUCAAUCUCUAUGGUAAAUUGAUUGAAAAAAUUACUGACUUCUACCCUCUUUGCCAAAUUUUACGUCUAUUGUAAAGCCAUAUUUUAUUGUUUAUUUUACCAAAAUCAUUAUCAAAGCGCUUCAGUAAAAUUUGCAGAGCUUUUUGCUGCUCUCAUAGAGCCAGAAACACGGCAAAUUCCGACUAUAUUCUGGCAAUUUUAACCAUACUUUUUUCUCUGUGUACUCUUAUCAAAUAAGUUAAAAGUUCGAAAUAAGCAUGAUGGUGGCUCAAGUCAAUUUUAUAUUAUGCACUAAAACAGUUUCAUUGUGUCAUUUCGUUUAAAAUAAUUUUUAACUUAAACAUUCAAUUAAAUUUUCUGUUAGCAUUUUAUUACUUUAAAUAAGACAAAUUGAAAUAAGGUAAAAUAAAGAUACUUGAAUUCUUUUGUGCAAUUAUAUAAGCACAAAAUAUUUUUCCUCAUUCCCAUGCAAACUCAGUAGCUCAUUUAAUUUGAAUAGAGAACCAAAUUAAUGUAAACUACUAAGUAAUAUGAUGUUUCCUUUAGAUUUGAGAUUUUGUAUUUCGAAUAACUAGUAAAAAUACUUGUGAUUAAGUAUAAAAAACAGAUAUAAAAAUUUCUGUUUCAAAGACGAAAUGGGUGGAAGCUAUAAUUAAUAAAUCGAUAAAAGUAAAGCAAAUAAUAAGUAAACUGACAAUGAUUUAGCAAAUGUUAGUACAAAAAUUAUAGCGCAACAUCGAAUAAAUCAAGAGUGAUAGAAAACAUCAUUGCUUUAAAUAUUGAACUUAUAUGCAAUUUCUAACUUAAACAUUCAAUGCCGUUAAUAUCGUCAUCGCAAAUUUGCAGUUGACGUUAUUCUAUAUUGCUUAAUUAACAACUUUCUCAUUUAUACUUAUUAAAGGAAGGUUAUAAAUUAACACCGGUGAAACUUUGCUAUUAGAUAAUAAUAGAAUGAGUAAACAAUAAAAAUUUUGUGUCUGUGCUUAUGUUACAUAUUUGAAAAAACGUAUUUUUUUUUUUAAAUUGCAAGUAAUUUCCUCUUUACAGGCUGAUUCCUCAUAAAAAUAAUAAUUCAAUAAUUCAUAAAUGUUCGAAUUUAUAAAAGUAAUUAAAAUUUAAGUAUGAGCUUUUCUUUGCAUUUCUAUAGAUACAAUUUAAAAUUAAUUUUAAAAUUCUGCACAACUUAAAAAUCACUCAAGUGUGCUUCGAGAUGUCUAUAUUAAAAAUUAUAAAAUAUUAAAAAUUAUAAUUUAAAGUUAAAAAAUGGCAACACAUGUUAGAGAAAACGAUUCAUUUAAAUAUAAAUGUUUAGAAUCUUUUCUUAACUUUAAAUAUACGUCAUUUACUUUUGCAUAACGAAUAGACAAAAUUUACAGUUAUAGCAUCUAAAGCAAUGGCUGAAUUGUGUUAAAUAUGAAAUCUGAUUUCACCAUAUAUUUUACGUGAAAUACAAAUAUAGCAUUUAUAGCAUACACUUUGGAAGUUUCUUUGCAAUCGCUAGCUCUAAACAUAAGUUAAUUUUUACAAACGAUAAUUGUUUUUCUAAAUGUAAUCGUUAUUUAUGGGAUAAAUCAAAUUAAUUUAAAUUUUUAGUUUAAAAUGUUGAGUUUCUAAAUGUAGCUAAAUUGCACGCAGAUAAAAUGUAGCUGAAAUUGUAUCUUCAACUAUAUAAAUUUGAAAACAAACUUAAAUAUUUUUUUGUGAUAGCCACAAAAAUCAAUUUUUAACAAUUUGUAGUUUUGAUAUCAACAAUACAAAAUGCUAUUAGUGACUUGUGAGCAUUAUUAUUUUUAUUAAUUAUAUAUAGCAUUG